AUGAUUUUAGACAUUGAUUAAGAAAUAAUAUCUCAAAGAAGAAAUAAACUCAGAAUAUUGUUAAAUAAACCAAAUCACACAAAGAAUUUAUGUUAGCAAUAACAUCAGAUCAUAAAAUCAGUUUUAGAGCCUCCAAAAAGAAUUUUUUCAUAUUCCCGAUCAAUUAGACAUUUUUAAGAAAUUAUGUCAAAAACAGGAUCAGUUAGUGUAAAUUAAAAAGCCAUAACUUUAUAUUUUAAAUAAAGGGAGGCUAACAAUUAAAAAUUAUAAAGUGAUCAAAUUAAACCAACAAAUUCUAAGUUUAUUUAAACAGAUGAUUUAAUUACAGAAGAGUAAAACUCUAAAACAGAUAGAACUUUAUGGAAUAUGCAAGAAUCUCCAUACAUAAGGAAAAGAAAGUUUGCCAAUCAUUCUUAUUAAAAAGAAAAAUAUCCAAAAUAAUUAUAAUUACAUAAAGAAACACAAGAAUAUCAUUUAUCAAAUUCACCUAACACAGGUAGAAACAUUAAAUAAUACACAUUUCAAAAUGAAAUUCUUAAAUAAAAAUUUGAUUCUAUUAUACCUUUCUAUGAUAGAUCUACUCAUUUUUUCAAUAAAAAAAGAUUGCAUUAAAUACACCAUGACAAAUGUGAAAAGCUAGACACUAUUUUUACAACAAUAACUCAUAGAUAUUGA